AUGUAGUCCCGACAAUCAGUGGAGUCGCGGGCACUUCCGCUCCAGGGAAGGGGGAGCGGUUGUCACGGCGCAUUCCACGGUAGUUUGUUCCAGUUCCGCGACUUGCGGGCCCUUCCUAAUGUCAGGGACUUAAGCUUGUGGCUCGCUAGGACUUGGUGGUCCGGUUAUGGGAAAAGAAGCCUCGUCGGAGAGCAGAGGGCGCUGGACGAUCCCGGACGCCUUCUGACCUCUUUUUAGGAAGGCGAGGGUUGCGUCCACUUCCACGAAGGGAGGGGAGCAUUUAACUUUUCUCGGGGACAGCGACCCAGUCAGAGUGUUUCACAGCUUUCUCCUUCCCCAGCCUGAAAAAGGACUGCGCGGACUGACUUCUUGGCUACUGAAAGCAAAGCUCCACUGUUCCAGGCACGACUCUGCCUUCUCUCAAAUGGCAUAACUCAGGACUCUGCAAAUUCCCAGAAACAGGAAGAAGAAUGACCACAUUCAAGGAGGGACUGACCUUCAAGGAUGUGGCUGUGGUCUUCACUGAGGAGGAGUUGGGGCUGCUGGACCCUGUCCAGAGGAAUCUGUACCGAGAUGUGAUGCUGGAGAACUUCAGGAACCUGCUGUCAGUGGGGCAUCACCCCUUCACACAUGAUGUAUUCCCUUUAGAAAAGGAAAAAAAGCUUGAUAUGAUGAAGACAGCAGCUCAAAGAAAAGGGAAAUCAGCAGACAAGAUCCAAAGUGAGAUGGAGACUGUUCCAGAAGCAGGACGACAUGAAGAGCUUUACUGGGGGCAAAUCUGGAAACAGAUUGCAAGUGAUUUAAUCAAGUAUGAAGACUCUAUGAUAAAUAUUUCUCGGUUCCCCAGACAAGGUGAUUUGUCCUGCCAGGUUAGGGCAGGACUAUAUACAACUCACACGGGACAGAAACUUCACCAAUGUGAUGAGUACAAAAAAUCCUUCACUGAUGUGAACUUUGAUCCUCAUCAACAGUUACACUCAGGAGAGAAGUCUAAUACAUGUGAUGAGUGUGGAAAAAGCUUCUGUUACAUCUCAGCCCUUCAUAUUCAUCAGAGAGUCCACAUGGGAGAGAAACGCUAUAAGUGUGACGUGUGUGGUAAGGAAUUUAGUCAGAGCUCACAUCUGCAAACUCAUCAGAGAGUCCACACUGUAGAGAAACCGUUCAAAUGUGUGGAAUGUGGGAAAGGCUUCAGUCGUAGAUCAACACUUACUGUACAUUGCAAAUUACACUCAGGAGAGAAACCUUACAAUUGUGAGGAAUGUGGGAGGGCCUUCAUACAUGCUUCCCAUCUUCAGGAACAUCAGAGAAUCCAUACUGGGGAGAAACCAUUCAAAUGUGAUACAUGUGGUAAGAACUUCCGUCGUAGAUCAGCACUUAAUAAUCAUUGCAUGGUCCACACAGGAGAGAAACCAUACAAAUGUGAGGACUGUGGUAAGUGUUUCACUUGUAGCUCAAACCUUCGUAUCCAUCAAAGGGUCCACACAGGAGAGAAACCUUACAAGUGUGAAGAAUGUGGUAAGUGCUUUAUUCAGCCUUCACAAUUUCAGGCCCAUCGGAGAAUCCACACUGGAGAGAAACCAUAUGUAUGUAAAGUGUGUGGUAAGGGUUUCAUUUACAGUUCAAGUUUUCAGGCCCAUCAGGGAGUCCACACUGGAGAGAAGCCAUACAAAUGCAAUGAGUGUGGGAAGAGCUUCAGAAUGAAAAUUCAUUAUCAAGUGCAUCUGGUAGUCCACACAGGGGAAAAACCCUAUAAAUGUGAAGUAUGUGGUAAAGCCUUCCGUCAGAGUUCAUAUCUUAAAAUCCAUCUGAAAGCACAUAGUGUACAGAAACCUUAUAAGUGUGAAAUGUGUGGGCAGGGCUUCAAUCAGAGCUCACGACUUCAGAUUCACCAGCUGAUCCAUACCGGUGAGAAACCAUACAAAUGUGAAGAGUGCGGAAAGGGAUUCAGCCGUAGAGCAGAUCUUAAAAUUCAUUGUAGGAUCCACACAGGGGAGAAACCAUAUAAUUGUGAGGAGUGUGGGAAGGUCUUCAGUCAGGCCUCGCAUCUUCUAACCCAUCAGAGAGUUCACAGUGGGGAAAAACCAUUUAAAUGUGAAGAGUGUGGGAAGAGCUUCAGUCGGAGUGCACAUCUUCAAGCCCAUCAAAAAGUCCACACUGGAGAAAAGCCAUACAAAUGUGGGGAGUGUGGAAAGGGCUUCAAGUGGAGCUUGAACCUUGAUAUGCAUCAGAGGGUGCACACAGGAGAAAAACCCUAUACAUGUGGGGAGUGUGGGAAGCACUUCAGUCAGGCUUCAAGUCUCCAACUUCAUCAGAGUGUCCACACAGGAGAGAAACCAUACAAAUGUGAUGUGUGUGGUAAAGUCUUCAGUCGGUCUUCACAACUACAGUAUCAUAGGCGAGUUCACACUGGGGAAAAACCUUACAAGUGUGAGAUAUGUGGUAAGAGGUUCAGCUGGAGAUCAAAUCUUGUAAGUCAUCACAAAAUUCAUGCUGCUGGUACAUUUUAUGAAAAUGAUGAGAAUAGUAAGAACAUCAGAGAGUUGUCAGAGGGAGGAAGUUCUACAAGGUGAUUAAAAAAAAAACAACAACUCAUGUACAACCUGAAUGCUUGUAAUCAGAUUUCAUAGGAGAGAAAAAUUUUCUUUAUCAACCUCCUUGAAUUUAUUUGAUUUGUAACGCUCCACAUUUCCACCUAGACUUUUUUUUUUUUUUUGAAAUGGGGUCUCGCUCUGUUGCCCAUGCUGGAUGCAGUGGUGCAAUCUCAGCUCACUGCAACCUCCACUUCCCGAGUUCAGGCGAUUCUCCUGCCUCAGUGGAUUACAGGUGCACACCACCAUGCCUGGCUAAUUUUUGUAUUUUUAGUAGAGAUGGAGUUUCACCAUACUGGCCAGGCUGGUCUCGAACUCCUGACCUCAUGUGAUCCACCCACCUCGGCCUCCCAAAGUGCUGGGAUUACAGGCAUGAGCCACCGCCCUGGCCUCCAUCUAGACUUUGAAAUGAUUGCCUUCUAAUUACAGUAGCAUUCUCUUAUUUAAAAUAUUUGUUUUAUUUAAGUCAGUGUUUAAGCAAUAGCUCAACAUAUCCCAGUGGUCCGUGACCACACAGCUGAGAACCCUUGUUAAGUGGUACAGUAAAGCAUUCUGUCAAAACUUUGACAUUUAUGACAUGUCACCUAGGAAAUAGGACUUAGAAAAUGAGUUUGACCUGGGCUUUAAAAAAGUCUGCUGAUGAAGGUGCCAGAAUUGAUGUCCAUUAGACUGUAAGCUCCAUGGGGACAGGAACUUUGCUGCUGAAUCUAUACAACCUUAACAUUGACUAGUGCUUGUAGGUGUGCUCAAUACUUGUUUGUUAACUGAAUCAAAAGGAGUAAAUGCACAAUAUUUGAACAUUGUAUCCAAAGGAAGAAACCUGCAAAAUAAAAUUAUUUGUGGAAACGAACAUUUGUUGAAAUGCAGAAAACCACUGGAUACUGCAGCCUACAAUAUUAAUAUGAUAUUACUCUUUUACAGUUGACACCUGUCCUCUCUCUAGUCUCUUCUCUCAAAUUUGGUUCUUACUGUUUGAAAGCCUGUCUAGUUUCCCAAGGGUUGUAUAAAACAUAAGUUGAAGUACCUUUAUUUUUAAUUUUAUUUUUGAGACAGGACCUCGCUCUGUCACUGAGGCUGGAGUGCAGUGGCAUAAUCAUGGCUUACUGCAGCCUCGUCCUCCCAGGCUCCAUCCAUCCACCCAUCUCUCCCUCUGAGUAGCUGAGACCACAGGCAUGUGCCACCACACCCAGCUGAUUUUUGUAUGUUUGGUAGAGAAAGGGUUUCACCACGUUGCCCAGGCUGGUCUUGAACACCUGAGCUCAAGCAAUCCAACCUCCUUGGCCUCCCAGUGUUAGAAUUACAGGCAUAAGCCACCACACCCGGCGAAGUUGAAGUAUCUUUUGUGAUUUUUCUGACAGUGCAGACUGAAAAAAAUUUAAUUAACCUGACAAGAGUUUACUGAAUAUUACACAAUUGAGUUUUUAAUCCAUUAAUGUUAAGGCAGGGGUUUACUCUAACACUUUUAAAGUGUCAGAAGUAAUUGCCAAUGCCAAAUUUUUAUCAACCUCCUUGAAUUUAUUUGAUUUCUGACUUUCCACAUUUCCAUCCAGACUUUGACAUGAUUGCCUUCUAAUAACUGUAGCAUUCUCUUAUUAAAACUUCUGGCUGCGUGUGGUGGCUCACGCCUGUAACCCCAGCACUUUGGGAGGCCAAGGCAGGUGGAUCACCUGAGGUCAGGACUUAGAGACCAGCCUGACCAACAUGGUGAAACCCCGUCUCUACUAAAUACAAAAAUUAGCUAGGCAUGGUGGCAGGCGCCUGUAAUCCCAGCUACUCAGGAGGCUGAGGCAGGAGAAUUGCUUGAACCCGGGAGGCGGAAGUUGCAGUAAGCCGAGACCGUGCCAUUGCGCUCCAGCCUGGGUGACAGAGCAAGACUCCAUCUCAAAAAAAAAAAAAAAAAAAAACUUCUGAGGCAGGGGCUCUACCAUAUGUUUACCCCACACCCAUUAAGCGAAUACCAAAAACAACUUGUGGAAAUUUGAUAAUUUUAUUAAAUGUAUUAUUUGGGCAGGAUUGGCAUUUACCAUGCUUUUCCCUAUUGCUGUCAGUAAAACGUGGGUUUAAGGAAGAGUGUUUUUCAGAAUUUACACUGUAUAUCUCUGAUUUGGAAGUUAUAUAAUUGGAAUUUAUGAUUAUGAGAUUAAAAUACCAAAAAGACUAACAUAUCAA